UGGAGGCCAAAAUGCUCCCUUGGCAGAAAUUUCUUGAUAAAAUCACAGAUAAUGUCCCAACUUGUGACUGGUUUGAAGCGUUUUCUUGUUCAAGAGAUAAUGAAGAUAGAGUAGCAACCUGUUGGGGGGAAAAAUUAGUCGAAGAGGUGCCAUGGGUGAAUGGGUACUUUUCUGAAGUACCCAGGAGGAAGUCAACCAAGUGGUCCACAAAAUCCCACACACUUAGAUCUGAUGGCAACAAGCAAUUCCAGAGGAAGAACUAUAGACAAGCUGUUGAAACCUAUACCAAGAGUAUCUUGAAUGCACCAAUAGAAAGCGAUGGUAAAGAACAAAGCUUAGGGUUUGCCAAUAGAAGUGCUGCUCUGUUUCAUCUUCAGGAGUAUCAAAUGUGUUUAGAUGAUAUUGCUCAUGCACUGGAGGCAAGUUAUCCUGAUCAUCUUCAAUACAAGUUGUACCAAAGAAAAGGACAAUGUCUGAUUGAACUGCACAAGUUUGAAGAGGCAAGGCAAGCAUUGGUGGCAGCAUUGGAAUCGAUUGGCACUGCGACCUCGCUCACUCCUGAAAGACAGGAGUCUGUGAAGAAAGAAGUAUUACAAUUAUUGGACCAGGUUUUACGGGAAGAAAACGAUGCUCCACCUGAGGACAAGAACAUGCCAACAGAGGUUCCUGUUAUUAGUUAUGGACCAAGCAGUACCAUCACUCAAGCUACAAGAGCAGUGGGGCUGGGGUUUAAUGAGGACCAAGGGAGACACCUGGUGGCAGUUGAUAGUAUACAGACAGGAGACACAUUGAUAGUUGAGCAACCCUUCUCUGCGGUUCUUCUUCCGUCGCAUUACGAUACUCAUUGUCAUCAUUGUUUCAAGCCCAUCCUAGCGCCUAUAGGGUGUGAUCUGUGCACUGAUGUCCGAUUCUGUUCUCAAGACUGCAAAUCAAAGUCGUGGGAGACUUAUCAUCAGUAUGAGUGUGGCUACUUGAAUCUCUUUCAUUCAGUUGGAAUAGCCCAUCUCAGUCUACGAAUCGUUCUGACAGCUGGGUUACAAUACCUCCUUGAAUCCAAGGAUGAUUAUAAAUCAACAGAACAAGUCCCAGGGCUGACCAAAGAGGGCGUAUAUGACUUCGGGUAUCCCUCCGUUUACCACCUCAUGCCACACUCAGACAAGAUGAAGGUUGAAGACGUCUUUCAAUACACCAUGACUGCUGUUCUAUUGCUGAAGUGCCUUGUACAUUGCCAAUUCUUCCCAGAAAGUGACAUGGAUGCCACACUCGACGGGGCGUUCACUCUUUCACCGGACAAGCAGUACAUUGGCGGCCUGUUGCUGAGGCACAUACAGCAGCUAGUCUGUAAUGCACAUGCUAUCACAGGUUUAAAACCCGAUGUCAAUUUGUCCAGUACUGCUGAUGUAGAGACUGUGAGCCAGGUCCGCAUUGCCACUGCUAUCUAUCCUACUGCGAGUCUGAUGAACCAUUCCUGUAAGCCCAAUAUCAUUUCAAGUUUCCACAAUGAUAUGCUGGUGGUACGAGCCACAAGAGAGAUACCAAAAGGGGAGCAAGUUUAUAACUGUUAUGGCCCUCAUCACAAAAAGAUGAACACAUCUGAGAGGCAGCAGAUCCUUAAAGACCAGUAUUUCUUUAGUUGUAAAUGUGAGCCUUGUCAGCAGAGAGAGGACAGGUCAUUUUAUCAGGCACUUAAAUGUCCAGACUGCAGCGGUCCAUUGAGUCUCCCCAAACCAGACAUGGUGUGUGAAGAGUGCGGCCGUGUGGCAUGUGAUAGUGACAAGAUGCUGGAGAAGGUUGUUCUGGCCCAUAACAUGUUCGUGUAUGGAGUGACCAAGCUAGAGAAAAAUGACAUAGGAGGAGCUCUCUCUGAACUUCAUGACUGCCUAAAGCUACGAGAGGCUGUCAUGUAUCGUCACAACAAGGAUCUGGCAGAAGUCCAGGAUGUCCUCGCCAGGUGCUAUGCUACAUCAGAGAACUUUCUUGAAGCUGCCAAAUACUUGAAAAGAAGCAUCCAAACGAUAAAGAAGAUGUUUGGAUCUCGCAGCAUCGAGUUAGGCAAUGAACUUCACAAACUGGCACAGAUCCUUUUCAAUGAUCACAAGGAGGAUGAAGCAUUGAUGGUGAUCAAGAAAGCGUUGAAGAUUCUGACCAGUCAUUAUGGGAGUUCUCAUCCUGUGACUAAAGACUUGCUAGAGAUGCAAACAUGUUUGCUGGAUGUGAAGUGAAGGGUUCCUUGGCAUUUAGAUAAAUGGCACCUUUGUUGUAAAUUUAAGGCAAGAAAU